UGUGUGUACAGGAAUGAUUAGAAGCUUCUCAAACUUUAGUUUUGAAAGGUGCGUCUUUGAGUCAGGAACUGGCGUCGUAGCCAGACAAUAAACACUGACUUAAUCAAGAUAGAAGCUGUUUAACGUAGAUAAAUACAGUUUGAAUGUAGCUGAACAGCAAUCAGAAACGAGUGAUCAUUCAAAACUUUUGUGUCAGAGGCAGAGGGACAGUUUGCAUCCAAGUGAAGUCACCAGUUAUGGGUUCUAACAGACAAGGAAUUAUUUCUUUCUUACUUCUUGUUCAAGGUAACCUUCUUCUUCAGACAUCCCAGGCUUUUAAUGUUGAUAUGUUAGGAGCCAAGACGUUCUCAGGCCCUCGAGAUGUUCAGUUUGGCACUUCCAUUCAGCAGUAUUCCAACUCUGAUGGGCAAUGGUUGCUGAUUGGGUCACCAUGGAAUGGUUUUCCUGAAAAUCGCACAGGAGAUGUGUACAAAUGUCCUAUCGACGGCAACAAUGAAACUUGUGAGAAACUCAACUUGGGAGAUGUAAUGACUUUUCCAAAUGUGACCGAGGACAAACAGGACAUGAAUACUGGUUCAACACUGAUCAGAAAUGACAAAACUGGUGGAUUUUUGACUUGUGCUCCAUUAUGGGCACAGAAGUGUGGCAACAUGAAUUAUCCGAGAGGAUUGUGCGCAGAUAUAAAAUCAAACUUCCAAAUAUCAAAAACCUUCUCACCAGCUGUCCAACGUUGUGGCUCCUACAUGGAUCUUGUGAUAGUACUGGAUGGAUCCAACAGUAUCUGGCCUUGGGAACCAGUCCAAAAUUUUCUGAAAAAGUUAACUGGAAGUUUAGACAUUGGCCCUGAGAAAACUCAGGUGUCUAUUGUACAAUAUGGUGAAGAUGUGAGAUUUGAAUUCAAGCUGAAUACUUACAAAACAACAGCUGAAGUUGAACAGAUUGCUGCAAAAAUCACACAAAAGCAAGGAACAGAAACAAACACAGCUCGGGGAAUCAACUUUGCAAGGGAAUAUGCAUUCUCACCUCAAAAUGGUGGAAGACCAAAAGCAACAAAAGUAAUGGUUGUUGUAACAGAUGGUGAAUCUCAUGACAGCGCCAACUUGCCACAAGCAAUAAUUGAAUGUGAGAAAGAACACAUUGUUCGAUUUGGGAUUGCUGUUCUUGGAUAUUACAACAGAGAAGGAAUAAACCCAGACAACUUAAUCAAGGAAAUCAAGUCCAUUGCAAGUGACCCAAAAGAGAAGCAUUUUUUUAAUGUAUCCUCGGAAGUUGCUUUGAUAGAAAUAGCUAGUGCUCUCAGAGAACGUAUCAUUGGUAUUGAAGGAACAAGCAAUAAAAAUGAAGAGAGCUUCCUACUGGAAAUGGCGCAAGUUGGAUUCAGUGCACACUUUGUACCCAGCCAGGACUUGCUGAUGUUGGGAGCUGUAGGAGCUUAUGACUGGGCAGGCACAACAGUCCAUAAAUCAUCUGACAAGAUUACUAUAUUUGCAAAGAAAGUUUUUCAAGAUAUUCUGCAAGAUAGAAAUGACAGUUCAUACCUAGGUUACUCAGUGGCAUCCCUAGUUACUAAAUACUCUGUGCUCUAUGUUGCUGGAGCACCACGUUUCCAACACACUGGACAAAUAGUCAUUUACACAGUGGGAUUAAAUGAUGAAGUGGUAAUUAAGCAGACCGCGAAAGGAGAACAGCUUGGGUCCUAUUUUGGCAGCGUAUUGUGUUCUAUUGAUGUUGACAGAGAUUCACUGACAGAUGUACUAUUGGUUGGGUCACCUAUGUUUAUGGGUAAACACAAAAAUGAGGAAGGAAGAGUGUAUGUAUUUUCUGUCAAUCAGCAGGGUAGCCUGGAAAAGAAAGGCACCUUAGAAGGACCAGUUGAUGGUAAGAACACUCGAUUUGGAGCUGCUAUUGCUGCUAUUGCUGACAUCAAUCUGGAUGGCUACAAUGAUGUUGCAGUUGGAGCCCCUGUAGAAGAUGAACAACAUGGAGUUGUAUACAUUUACAACGGACACCAAACAUCAAUCCUAUCAAAACAUACACAAAAAAUACAAGCCUCAAAGAUCAGCCCUCAAUUGAAAUAUUUUGGAUUCUCUAUUGAUGGGCAGAAGGACUUGAAUGGUGAUACCAUCACAGACUUGUCAAUUGGAUCCAUUGGAAAUGUUGUGCAACUCUGGUCACGAAGCAUUGCAAAUGUAAAGUUUACAGUGAUAUUUGAGCCAAAUAAAUUGUCCAUUUUAAACAAAACUUGUCAGAUCAAUGGAAACUGGCUAACUUGUGGCAAAGUCAAAAUAUGUUUCCAAGCAACAAUCAAACCGGAAAACUCUGUGUCAUCAAUCAAUAUUAGGUACAAUGCAACAUUUGAUAUGAGUCUCAAGUCAUCUCAUGCUACUUCACGAGCAUUGUUUCAAACAAAUCAUAUGCGGGAAAUACAAAAUGACAUUUCAGUGGAUAAAGUGCAAAAAUGCAACACAUUUGGCUUUUAUGUCAAUGAAAAAACUGAUAUUGUGAGCCCACUUAGUCUACGUUUAGACUAUGCUGCACAAAACACUGAAGUUGGUCCUAGUCUUGAUGCCCAUACAACAAGGUCCAAGGAGUUUUUUAUUCCAUUCUCCAAAGACUGUGGUGAUGAUGAAGAAUGCAUAACAGAUCUCGCUAUUAAGGUUCACUCAAAUAUUCCAAACAACAGUAACUACAUUGUUAGUAGCAAGAAACAACAGAUGAUCAUUAACGUAGAGACAGAGAACAAGAAGGAAAAUGCAUUUAAUGCUAAAGUGAUAGUUCAUUUUUCUGACAACAUCUUUUUUGCAUCAGCUGAGAACAGCGACUGUAGUGAAGUAAACUCGACCUCAGUAUCCUGUGACAUUGGGAGCCCAUUUUUAAAAGGGGGAGAUAAGAUCUCUUUUGACAUCAACUUUGAUUUUAAUGUCAACAAACCACGGAGAGAUACAUACGUGAGACUCUUUGCUAAAAGUGAGAGCAAUGAAAAUCCAGAAACUGAUUUUGACAACAAGGAAAAUGUUAUCUUUACCGUACAGUAUGAUACUGAAAUUCUCUUCUCAAGGUAUGAUUCCAACCAGCAGAGAGUUUUCCCUCAUAACUACUAACAAACAUUUCUAUGAAAUAACUUCUAAAACACUGGUUAACAAAACAAGACCUCCAUUAGAUCAAAUUGGUCCAGAAUAUGUUAUUACACUCAUAGUCAAUACUGGACAUUUCCCUAU